AAGGCAGCGGGCAGGGGCUUGCAGGAGGCGAAGAUUGAAUUGCUCAGUCAGUCAGAGGGUUCGCACCUGACGGGAUGACACGGACGACGAGUCAAAAACGAAACAACAAAAACAAGUUUGUCUUUUGCUGGAGUUACUCUUUUGUUUUGCUUUUAUAAGCGGACGCUUCGUAAAAGGUGAAAGAAGACGUCACGCGAGAGUUUUGUUUGGUUUUUCAACCUAUUUGUGGAUUUUGUUUGGCGCGGAUAACUUCUCCGAGGAUUCAGGACAAGGUGGAGGUGCACAGAUUUUGAAAAGCUUCCUGCACGUGGAUUAAUGAUCAAUCAAAGACUUUUUCCUUGACUAAAUAUUAACCUUUUAUGGUUCCACUUUGGCUUUAAAAGGAAAAGCCUAAGACUGUAAGACCCCUUUUAGUUGGGUUCUAAGUGUUCUCCGAGAUUUUUGCUUCAGAUUCAAAUGGAGUCCACAGUGGGUUUCUUUCUGGUCUUGUUGGUCCAGAGCGGGUCCCGGGUCGGGGCAGCGUCCAAGGAGAUCUCAUGCGAGCCCCUGACGGUGCCCAUGUGUCGCGGCAUCGGCUACAACCUGACCUACACACCCAACCAGUUCAACCAUGACACCCAAGAGGAGGUGGGCCUGGAGGUGCACCAGUUCUGGCCCCUGGUCCGGAUUCGCUGCUCCCCGGACUUGCUCUUCUUCCUGUGCAGCAUGUACACGCCCAUCUGUCUGCCAGACUACCGCAAACCGAUCCCGCCGUGCCGCUCGGUUUGCGAACGCGCCAAACGCGGUUGUUCGCCCCUCAUGAGCCAGUACGGGUUCGAGUGGCCCGAACGGAUGAGCUGCGAGCGUCUACCCCAACUGGGUGGUGACACCCUCUGCAUGGACCACAACGGCAGCGAAGCUAGCACCUCGCCCCCGCCGCCCUUCGCAAAAGCCACACCCAAGCACCGCCCCAGAGCGGCCGACGCCCUGCCCCCGUCCAAAGGUGAGCGCGAGUGCCGGUGCCGGGACCCCCUGGUGCCCAUCAAAAGGGAGUCGCACCCGUUGUACGGGAGGGUGCGAACGGGGCCGCUCCCCAACUGCGCCCAGCCUUGCCACCAGGCGUACUUCUCGGAAGAUGAGCGCACCUUCACUGCCCUUUGGGUGGGGCUGUGGGCGGGGCUUUGUUUUGCAUCCACCCUCGCCACAGUAGCCACCUUCCUCCUGGACGUGCAGCGCUUCAAGUAUCCCGAACGACCCAUUAUCUUCCUGGCCGCUUGCUACCUCUUCGUGUCGCUGGGGUACAUCAUCCGGCUGGCGGCGGGGCACGAACGGGUGGCCUGCGCCCCGGGCGGUGCUGACCAGUCGCACAUCCUCUACGACACCGGCGGCCCCGCUUUGUGCACUCUGGUUUUCCUGCUGGUAUACUUCUUCGGAAUGGCUAGCUCUAUCUGGUGGGUGGUUUUAUCCUUCACGUGGUUCCUGGCAGCGGGUAUGAAAUGGGGCGGCGAGGCCAUUGCAGGGUACUGCCACUACUUCCACCUGGCCGCAUGGCUGGUCCCCAGCGUCAAGACAGUCUUGGUUCUGGCCUUAGGUGCAGUGGAUGGGGACCCGGUUGCAGGAAUUUGCUACGUGGGCAACCAAAACCUUGAAAACCUCCGGGGCUUGGUUCUCGUGCCCUUGGUGGUCUACCUUUUAGCCGGAUCGUUCUUUCUCCUAGCCGGAUUUGUCUCUCUCUUCCGUAUCCGGAGUAUCAUCAAACAGGGCGGCACCAAGACUGACAAACUGGAACGACUCAUGAUUCGCAUCGGACUCUUCGGGGUGCUCUACACUGUGCCUGCCACGGUGGUGGUGGCCUGUCUGUUCUACGAGCAGCACCGCCGCCCCGAAUGGGACCGGGCGCUGGCCUGUUCCUGCGCUGCCGAGCGCCAACAAUUGGGCGGCGGACCCGACUAUGCUGUUUUUAUGCUCAAGUACUUCAUGUGCUUGGUGGUGGGCAUCACCUCGGGGGUCUGGAUCUGGUCUGGAAAGACAUUGGAGACCUGGCGCAGGUUCCUAGUGCGGUGCUGCCCCUGGUGGCCUUACAAGGUGGCGGCACCGCCCCCUGUGUACGCAGAGGCCGCGGCUUUAACAGGAGCAGUCCCGGGAAUGUAUCACAAAGCACAGUCUCAUACAUGACAGUACGUCUUAGUCCUUAAAACUGAAGAACUUCAGACCAUGGCGUGGAGCUAGUACUUUUGGAAACACUUGCAUACUAAACUUUAUUUAUUGAUGUAAAUAUUAGAAGUGACCCUCAAUUUGGUUGCUCAAAAAGGUCUGUCACAAUGUGCCAGUCCUGGACCGUGAACAUGUACAUAAAUGUAAACAGUACUGAACUUUUUGCGCCAUCUGGUGGUGGCAACGAGAACUCAACACAAGAGGAAACAAAAACGUUAAUUAUGUGACAAGUUUUGUGUUUUUCCUUUUUUUUUUUUCUUAGUUUGGAUGACGUCCUGAAAGUUCCAGAAUCAGAUUUUUGAAAAUGAUUAAUAAUUUGUGCUGAAUUUUUGCAGCUUCUCAUCUUAAUUCAACAUGAAUCUCAUUAAACUGUUAUACUGUAGCAGAUUUGUAUUUCUAUGGGAGAAUACAUUUUGAAAAGACAGUCACGUGACUAAUCGUAUUCAUGAACAUUUAGAUUGAUUGCUGAUGUAGACUAUGUCCAGAAUGUUGCAAAAUUUGAAUUUUUCACAAGGUUUCCUAAUUUUCUAUUUGAAAUUCUGUUUUUAGUCAUCUUAAAUUGCUACAAAUUCAAAUGCACUGUCGUGAAAGAGAUUUUUGUAAUUUAUGAAGGUAUAACAAGUUAUAAAGGAUGUUUAUUUCAUCACUGCUGAUGGCUGGUAUCUAAUGAUUGUUUCAGUGUAAUUGACCGCAGUAGAUGUCCACUGCAUUUUGACUGGGGGGGGGGGACAAAUUCGCAACUCAACUCCCAGUCAAAACGGAUUGGACGUCCAGCAUCUUCAAUGGCAGCUAAGGAGUUAAAAAGUCUUAACGAUUUGGCCCUUGAAAUUCUGCUCGUGUUCAUUUAAAUCACCAUAAAUGGCAUUGUUGUAGUGGCACAGGUUGAUUAAAAAAGGUUUUAUUUAAAGUUGAAAAUUUGACUUAUUUUUGUUUAUAAAAUGUGCCUAUUUCCUUGUACAAAACAGCACUUUUUUGAGGCUCUAAAAUACACCAUUGACUUGAAAUAGUUUGUUCAGACAUCCUGUUUGAUUUCUCCCUGAAAUGUUUCUUUUCUGCUUGCAGUUAAAGACAAUAAAUUGACUAAAAUGCUGUGUAUUUGUAUGUCAUUAUAACAAGAAAACGCAAAC